AUGGGCUGUGGUUACUCUACGUACUCGGCACAGGAUGAUAUCGUGUGGAAGUACGGCGGCCCACCGGAGGAGCCGCUGAAGGCACUGAAGAUGUUCCCUAAGCACCAAAACGGCCUUCUCUUCCGUCUUCUGUACGACGACGGUGAGCGCUGGGCCUUCUACAACGACACCCUCGAGUACGAGUUCCACAUCCGCUACUACUUCAGCAGCGACAGCGACAUCGAGGCACUGCACAAUGCCACCUUGUCAGAGCUGGAAAACGGCAAUAAGCUCGUCGAGAUCAUCGUCUACCCGAAGGAGACGCAGGACUUCAUCGUAGGUGUGGCUGGCAGCUACACUAGCACCAUCGAGGCUAUCCCCAUCACGGAGCGCUUCCAGUGGGAAAGGUCCAAGGAAAAGUACGAGCAGAAGCGGAGGUAG